AAUGCAAUACAUUCUCCAAUUUAGAAAUACAAUAAUUGUCUAUUGAAUAUAUAAAGUUCAGUUAUCAAUUUACAGAAGGCGAGUAUUUGCAGUAAAAAGUGAGAAACAGUUUUGUGCGGUUCUCUUCUUAAAAUUAGAAUAAGCGCUACUCAACAUGAGCAUGUGUUAGUUCAAAAAGAAACGCUCGAAGCACAAGAAUCAUCAUGAAGUUAGAAGAAGCUGCAUUAACUAUAUUCAGUUUAAUAUCAAUUACAAUCACGUUAUUUGGAAUGUCAGUCGGUAUAACGCAAAAAGGUUGGCGAAAGCGGGACGGAAUUCUACUAUUUAAUACCUUCACCAUAGAUAUUUGGUUCUCUAUUUUUGCCGUCUGCAUGGCCGUCCACACGGAAAACGAAAGAAUCUUCUCCAAUCUGUAUAUGUUCAUGUUUUUAUUAUCAUGGGCCAAUCAGGCUUUAGUGACGAUUAACAGAUACGUGGUAAUAACUUUUCCAUUUAAAUAUAAGAUCAUACUGAAUCGAUCUAAAUUGACUGUGUUAGUUGUCACCAUCUGGUCUGCAGUUUGUUCAUUUAUUGUGUUGUCAUGCAUCUUUCACUCUUCAUAUUCCAAACCAAGUUACGAAUACACGAACCAUUCUGUUGUAAUGUGUUUUGCAGCGUGGCUGCGUACGGAUGUUAUUAUUAGUAUGCUUGCCGCACACGGUGCACUUUUACUUGUUGUUUACGCUUUCGAAUUUUCAUUAUGGCGGACGGCCAAAGGUCAUCAAAACAGAUACCGUUCGAUAACGCAUGCCGUCAGAAUGAAGGAACAGAACAUAGAACAUCCUAAAAAACUAAGUGUAACUCAAACACUGCAAAGGCGUUUCAGUUUCCCUCAAAAUCAGGGUAUGGCGGUUAAAAGAACGCCCAUGUUGCUUUUAGGAGCGCACCUUGUAUCAAUUAUACCGUAUUUUGUAGUUUGUAUCUUAUUCGUGGUUAAUGGUGAAGCUGUUUUAGAAGAACAAUAUUUUCCUAGACUAUGUGUUAUGUCUAAAAUCUGCAUAUCGUUCCGACCGUUAGUCAAUGUUUCAAACCACUUAUCAAAAGCCAACGUGAGGAGAUUUAAAUCAUUUUUAAUCCGGACUUGUUCAAAUAACCCAUCCAGUGAAUUCUACACCGAGUACUAUAUAGAAAAUCAAAAGGCAGUGGAGAGUUUAAAACUACGUCGAGAGUCUGCUCAAUCUAUGGUCACAGAAGUCAGUGUUGUAUAACCUUUUUUUAAUUUUUAGUUUAAUUUUUAAAUUUUGCGAACGUCUUAAUAUAUUUCAACUUUGUAAAAGUUACCUUUUAGAGUUCUUGAAAGAAGUUUACACUUUACUCACAACCUUUUUAUGACAGUAAUAAAUUUUGCCCAACCUGGUGUUCUUAAAGUUUUAUCCUUUUGAGCUUUGAAUAAAACUGUACAAAACAGCGUGAUAAUAACAUCAGUAGGAUAGAUAUAAGAAUAACUCAGACCAACUUGAUUAAAUAUAAAAAAUGGAGAUUCAGGCUCCGGGCAAUAUUUUUUUAUUCAGAGAGAAAAAAAGACUUAAUUAAAAAUUAAACUUGAGGACGACAUGCCCCAGGCUUCUUCCUCCUUCUGGUCUACUAUUUUUAGUUUAGGAUUGGAGAACAUAAAACAAAAACCCCUUCUAUUUUUAUAAAAGCGCCUUAGGCGUUUUAAGGUUUUUAAAUGCAAGAAAUUACAUACGAAUGCUUUCUCCAGUCUGUCUUUUUAUUAGGAAGAGUGUUUUUGUUUUCUAUUUUUCUCACUUUUGUAUUAUCGCGUUUUGUUUUUUGUUUUAUUUUUUGCUUUUCUAUUUAUAUACGUCUUUUUUUAGUAAAAACUUGUGCUGAAAUGAUAAAACUUUCAUCACCAAUGUACAUAUUUUUAAAAUAAAUUAUUUAUAUUGAGAGAGAUAUUUUUGUUGGAAAAAAACUCACGCACGUCUUCUAGAUUUCUUUCAUCUUUUUUAAUGCUUUUAUCUACCCCACCAUUUUAUAUUACCAGAUUGUUUUAUACUGUUACAAAAUCAAAUUUUAUAUAUAUUUUCUAAAAAGCAUUCCGGUAAAACAGGAAGGAAGGACCCAAAUGCAGCAUUUUGAUCUUUGUAAUAUCCCACUUUUCCAUAUACCUGUACUUGCGCGUGCUUUAUUAAAGUUCAAAGUGCGCACGCAUCAAAGUACUUAAUGUUUAGGACAGCCCUUGGGCCACGAAUUUUUGGUGUAAACGUUUGUCCCGUUAACUUUUAAAUAGCGUGAACGUUUUUUUUAACCAAAAGUAUUAAUAUUUUAUGAAUAUAUUUUUAGGAUUCCACUGGUAACUGACGUGAAAUAACAUGAAUUAAACAAAAAAACAUACAGUGCGAGAACUUGUCAGGCCCGGCGAAUCGGAAUUGAAAGUGGAGGGGGGCAAAUAUAUGUAGUAUCUAAGGAGGCCCCACCAUGGUUGGGCCGACGGGCCGAAAAAUUUUUGAAUUGGCCUCUGAAAUAACCUUAAAUGUACCUCAAAUUUCGAAAUUUUUAUCGGAUACUAAAAAAAAAACCUUAAUUCAUGCAAACUUAUACUUAAUAUCUGUUUCCUUAAACAGAUAUUAAGUAUAAGUUUUUGUUAAGUAUAAGUUUUUGUUUUUUAAACAAAUGCAACCAUUUAAAAUCAUAAAGUACAUUUUAUGAGAAGUGUUAACAGAAUCGUACAAAUAAAUUUGUAGCAAAGCAAUGCAAUAAUUAAAACCUCAAAAAAAAAUUUUUUCCUAGCAAAAAAAGGGGGGCAAUAGCCCCCCUGGAUUCGCCGGCCCUGUUUGUGAGGUAUAUACGCCUAGAAAACAUGCUUUUAAGGUUUAUAAAAGAACAUUUUAUAUCAUACAUAUAUUUGGUUUUCUUUCAUUGGUUUAAAUACGCCAUCUGAAACAUGAUUUCUGGACAGUUUUGAAAAAGUCCAUGGUACUUUCCUUAUAUUUCAUGCUCUUCUCGCACUGGAGGCGAGAAGAAUAAUCUCGCACGUAUUUUUGUCUAGGUUUACGAAAAUUACUGCUCAACAAAAACAAAAACAUCA